GAUUUUAAUUUGUAUUUCAUAAACGUAAAUUAAAGUGAAAAUACAAUGAAUCUUGGACCGAAAAAGGAUGGAAGUCCUAAUAUUGACUUUUUUCAAUCACCGGAAUCACUUCAAGGGUUUGAAACUGUUCGAUUAUGGCUACAAAAACAUCAUAAAAAAAAUCUUCAAACUGAUCCUCCUUCAAAGGAAAGCUUAGCCCAGCUUAUAAUACAAUUGAUUCAAUACCAAGAAACGAAAUUGGGAAAGAAUGCGCCAGAUUCGACUAUGGCCACACGGCUUCCGAUGCGUUUUUUUAGAGAUUUUAAAGCAGGUGGGGCAUUGUGCGUAAUAUUUGCUACAAUGUACCGCUUCAAAAGUGAACAACGUUGGAAGAAAUUUGACUUCACUGUGAACAAGACAACAUCAAAAAAAGAUCCAAACAUUCAAAUGCUUCUCGAAAUCGAAUCUUGUCUAAUGGAUGCUGAAAUUUUCCGACUUCCAGCAAUUUUCAUUCGACCGGAAGUUGAACGACCAUUGGCAUCAAAAAUUCGGGAUAUUAUUCAUAAUCAUCAAGCAGAUAUAACUGAAGAUGAGCAAGAUGCAACGCAUAUUAUCUAUCCAGAUGUGGAUCCUUUGCCUGAGGAAUAUGCUCGUCCAACUUUUAAGCGUGACAAGAAUGUGUUAUUGCAUUGGUAUUACUUUCCUGAAUCAUACGAUUCCUGGGUGCCGAACAACUUCGAUCUCCCAGAAAAUGUUCCCGAAUACCCUCCACCUUCACCUGCUGAAGAGCGUUGGCGUGUUUCAGCGCAAUGGAUUCGAGAUUUGGACACUUACAAUGAAUGGAUGUCUGAGGAGGAUUACGAAGUUGACGAGCAAGGUCGCAAGAAGAUUCAUAAAUUACGCUUAUCUGUUGAAGAUCUGAUGUCAGCUGGAGACAGCGAUAAAAGUAAGAAACAAAUCGGUGGCAAAGGCAAAAAACGUGGACGUUCACCAUCACCGAAAGGAGCGAAGAGAAAGUCUGGACGUUCUCCAGCUGUUUUCCAACAAAAGAAAACUCGUCCAGAUGAUGAUGAAUCGGAAGAUUUAACUAAAGAUAUGGACGAUCCACCAGCUGAACCAAACAUUCAGGAAGUGAAGCCAAGUGCAAGUUCAUCAGCUUCAGGUCCAGCAACACCAACAACGAAGCGUGAUCCUGACAUGGCACCAUUGAAAGGCGGAAUUGUUCAAGAUCUCGACGAAGAUAUGGAACGAGGUGAAGAUUCUCAAACAGGAAAGGCGAGCGAGAAUAGUAACACACAAGAUUUCGCCAAUAAAGAAGACGUUGAAGACAACAAUGUCACUGAACAAACGCAUCACAUCAUCAUUCCAUCAUAUUCUGCUUGGUUUGAUUACAACUCGGUGCAUAUUGUUGAGAAACGCGCACUUCCUGAAUUCUUCAACAGUAAAAAUAAAUCGAAGACACCUGAAAUUUAUUUGGCUUAUCGUAACUUCAUGAUUGACACUUAUCGGUUGAAUCCAACGGAAUAUUUAACAAGCACAGCAUGCAGACGAAACUUAGCUGGUGAUGUUUGUGCUAUAAUGAGAGUUCAUGCAUUUUUGGAGCAGUGGGGAUUGAUAAACUAUCAGAUUGAUGCUGAAUCACGACCAACACCGAUGGGCCCACCACCGACAUCGCAUUUCCAUAUUCUCAGCGACACUCCUUGCGGUUUACAACCAAUAAAUCCUCAAAAAGUUCCACAACCUUUAGCAGCGUCAAAAGCACUUUUAGAUUUGGACAAGAAAGCAAAUAAUCCUGACAAAAAAGAUUCCAACGAUCCAAACGCACCUCCAAAUGUUGUCAAACAAGAACCAGGAAGUGAAAUUUUACCAGGAGCUCAAUUUGGCUUGAGACUUGAUCAAUAUGCGAAGAAGCCAGCAGCAUUAAGAAACAAAACUGCUGCAAGUAUGACACGAGAAUGGACGGAUCAGGAAACGUUGCUGCUUCUGGAAGGUCUUGAAAUGUAUAAAGAUGAUUGGAACAAAGUUUGUGAACAUGUCGGGUCACGAACGCAAGACGAAUGCAUUUUACAUUUCUUAAGAUUACCGAUUGAAGAUCCAUAUUUGGAAGACGACAACACAUUCUUAGGGCCGUUAAGUUACCAGCCGAUUCCAUUCAGUAAAGCUGGUAAUCCAAUAAUGUCAACAGUUGCGUUCUUAGCUUCAGUUGUUGAUCCGAGAAUCGCUGCAAAUGCAGCAAAAGCAGCUAUGGAAGAAUUUGCAGCAAUCAAAGAUGAAGUUCCAGCUGCGAUGCUUGAUCAACAUUUAAAGAAUGUUGAGAAGACGAAUUUCGGUGGAAAGUUUGAUCCUUUUGCUGGUUUGACGACGAGUGGAAUUGCUGGCACAGCUCUUGAAAAAGAAAAGGACGAGACAAGUGAAAAUGAGAAGGAAAAGACGUCUGCAACGGAAGACGUUGAAAUGAAAGAUGCUACAAAGAAAGAACCCGAAGAAGAAACGCCACAAACUGAAACUGAUGAAAAUAAAAAAUCUGAUUCUGAAACAGCUGAAAAGGAGAAUGCAGAGAAGGUAACAGAAGGAGGAAGUGUGACGGCAGCACCAGCGUCAGAAGGGAGUGAGAAGAAAGCGAAUGAAGAGAAGACUAAUGAGGGAUUGAGACAUUUCGAAGAACUUGAAACGACGAUGGAACGUGAGCGUGAAGGUUUAGAAUAUCAACGUCAGCAGUUAAUUCAAGAACGUCAGCAAUUUCAUCUCGAACAGUUAAAAGCAGCAGAAUUUAGAGCACGACAGCAAGCACAUCAAAGAUUCCAGCAAGAACAUGGCGGCGGUCCCGGGCCAUGGCAAAAUCAUCCAACACCUCAACCAAACAUGGCGAAUGUUCCUCCAAGUAUUCCUCCUGGUCAAAUUUCUCACGGUCCAAUCAUGCAAGGACAGAAUCCGCCACCAGUUCAGCAAGCGCCAGUUCCUCAUCCUGUCGCUAACGCUGCUGUUGAUCAACAAAUUCCACCACAACAUCAUCAAAUGGCACCACAACAACCAUCAACGAAUCCAUUACCGCCAACAACUGUCCCAACUUAA